AUUUACCCAUCUGAUCUGAAACUGUAAGCACAUAUCGAAGGCUUUCUAGGCGUCAAUCGGCCUACUGAGCUCAAAGCUUGUGCGAUAUCAAUCACGGUUCGUCAUCUCUACAAAAGAAUGCAUAAUCCUGCCACCAUACGUGGAGGAUGACAAGGAUGACGGCGCAUACUUAGAUUCCCUUGAACAGCAACCGCAAGUGAAGGCUUGAAGGCAUCCGCCAUGGCCAAGAACCCCAAGGUUUUCUUCGACAUCCUCAUCGGCAAGGCCAAGGCCGGCCGCGUCGUCAUGGAGCUCUUCGCCGACAAGGUCCCCAGGACGGCCGAGAACUUCCGCUGCCUGUGCACGGGCGAGAAGGGCCUGGGCGUCUCGGGGAAGCCGCUGCACUACAAGGGCUCCACCUUCCACCGCAUCAUCCCCAGCUUCAUGUGCCAGGGCGGCGACUUCACCCGCGGCAACGGCACCGGAGGGGAGUCCAUCUACGGCGCCAAGUUCGCCGACGAGAACUUCAAGCUGCGCCACACGGGACCCGGCGUGCUCUCCAUGGCCAACGCCGGGCCCAACACCAACGGCUCCCAGUUCUUCAUCUGUACCAUGCAGACCCCCUGGCUCGACGGCAAGCACGUCGUCUUCGGCCAGGUCGUCGACGGCUACGGCGUCGUGCAGAAGAUGGAGGCCGUCGGCUCCGGGACAGGAGCAACGGCCGAGCGCGUCCUCAUCGAGGAUUGCGGCCAGCUAGCCGACGAAUGAGUGCCUCCUCCCUCGAGUCCAUGAGUGGAGUGUCAUCAUGUAGACAGAUGAAUGGAUAAAUAAAUUUGUUCUGUUUUCAGAUGCUCAGAUUUUGUAAUGCAAAUCGGCAUUAACAUAA